AUGAGCUUGCUAUAUAGCGAUAACAGUUGUGGAGCCCGAGACGGGGAAAGCGGCUGCUGUGCAGCCAUGGCCAGUGCCUGCAGCGUUGGAGCGAAAGAAGAUAGCGUAAGCGUCAGCAGUGGGACUGGAAACCCUGCAAGUUCUUUCACAGAGGAGACACAAGGCUAUGAUGUGGAGUUUGAUCCGCCCUUGGAAAGUAAAUAUGAAUGUCCAAUCUGUUUGAUGGCUCUUCGGGAAGCAGUGCAGACACCAUGUGGACACCGUUUCUGCAAAGGCUGCAUUGUCAAAUCAAUAAGAGAUGCAGGUCACAAAUGUCCAGUAGACAACGAAAUUCUUCUCGAAAAUCAACUUUUUCCUGACAACUUUGCUAAACGGGAAAUCCUUUCGUUAACGGUUAAGUGUCCCAACAAGGGCUGCAGUAUGAAGAUGGAGCUGAGGCAUUUAGAGGACCACCAGUCACAGUGUGAUUUUUCCACUGUGGAAUGCCCACAGUGCCAAGGAACCUUCCAGAAGAACCAUCUGAAAGAGCACAUUACACAAGAGUGUCCAAGGCGUCAAGUCUGUUGUCCAAACUGUGCUACAUCUAUGGCCUAUGAAGUUAAAGAGCUUCAUGACCAAACUUGCCCACUGGCCAAUGUAUUUUGUGAAUAUUGCAAUACAGUGCUCAUCAGAGAGCAGAUGCCUAACCAUUAUGACAAUGAUUGUCCUACUGCUCCCGUGCCAUGUUUUUACAGUGCCUUUGGGUGUCCUGAAAAGAUGCAAAGGAAUGAACUGGCACGACAUAUGCAGGAGUUCACUCAGGUUCACAUGAGAAUGAUGGCUCAGAGUUUUCAAAAUAUCAGCGUUACUGCUACAAAUCCUGUACCCUUCAUCAAUGGCCUACCCUUUGACCCUGCCCUCUUUUCACAUGUGUCACAUGCCACGUAUGAUUGUAAUCCAGAAGUUGAAAACUUCAAAGAAACUAUUCAGCAGUUGGAAGGUCGUCUGGUAAGACAAGAUCACCAAAUCAGAGAACUCAUUGCUAAAAUGGAGACUCAGAACACUCACAUGGCAGAACUCAAACGUACUAUCCGAAAUUUGGAGGGAAGGAUUACUGAAAUGGAGGCACAGCAAUGUAAUGGUAUUUAUAUCUGGAAGAUUGAGAACUUCAGUGGACUUCAGAAAGCCCAGGAAGAAGAGAGACCUGUUGUGAUGCACAGUCCUGGCUUCUAUACUGGAAAGCCUGGCUACAAGCUGUGUUUGCGCCUGCAUAUCCAAUUACCAAAUGCUCAGCGUUGUGCUAAUUUUAUAUCUCUGUUUGUCCACACUAUGCAAGGAGAAUAUGACAGCCAUCUGCCUUGGCCUUUCCAAGGCACUAUACGACUUUCUAUUUUGGAUCAGUCAGAAGGCCCCGAAAGGCAGAAUCAUGAAGAAGUAAUGGAAGCCAAGCCAGAGUUACUAGCCUUCCAGAGACCAACAAUUCACCGCAAUCCAAAAGGUUUUGGUUAUGUGACUUUCAUGCACCUGCAAAACUUGAAACAAAGAACCUUCAUAAAGGAUGAUACCCUUCUGGUGCGCUGUGAAGUUCUAACACGUCUAGAUUUAAACAGUCUCCGCAGAGAAGGAUUUCAAGCUCGCAGCACUGAUGGAGCUAUGUAG